AUGCGAACAAGUGAGGAGAGGCGGAAAAAAUCGACGAUUUCCGCGUCGUCGAGAAAAAGCUCGUAUUUCUAUGAGCCCGGCUAUCCGCGAAAUUGUGAAUAUUGUACUGCGCCCAACUACGAAUUUGCCACAUCGAAUGAGUUUUCGAGGCAUAUUCGAACGAAUCAUACGACACAAGAGGGUGGCAGUUUUUUGUGCAGGUGAAUUUUUAUUUGAUCGAGGAAUUAGAUGAAUAUUGAUUUUUCUUGAAAUAAAUUUGUGCUAGGAAUAAAAUUAUUAACUGCAAAAUUUGCGUCAACAAAAUCGUGAUAUUUUUUUGGCGCUGAUUUUGUAGCUUUCAAAACUGGUACAAAUUUUGAAUUAGUCGAAAAAUGCGUCAAUUUUCCUACCUACAGAAUUCGCGUCAACAAAAUUCUGAUAAUUUGUUGGCGCAGAUUUCGUAGCUCUCAAAAACACGUGGAUUUUUUUAAACUACAAAAUUCUGAUAUUUUGUUGGACUUACUUUCUAUUUUGGGAUUCCCCAAUAAAGUUGUGGACAUGUUUUUUCACAAGGAAAUACCAAGCCUUUAGAAUAAAAUUUGAACCUGGAAAAACUCACCUUUUUGAAUUCUUGAACCAUCAAAGAUUAUUAGGAUUUUUUUUUAAAUUGAAAAAUAUUAGAAAUGAACGGGAAGAUUCACAUUUCCCAGUUUUCUUGUUGCCACGUUUUAGUUCACGGAAAUCCUGAAUUGUUCAAAAAAUUGCGAAAAUCAUUUCUAAAUUCUUCAACUCUAUAAAAAAAUAGCUUUAUUGAGCACUUAUUGAUUACUGCCUUCAAAUUAGACUAUUUUUUAAUCAACUUUUUUUGGGUCAAAAAUGUGUAAAUCUGGAAGAUCUUCCAGUUUUAGUUCAAAUCCAUAUUUUUCGAGCCAAAAAACAUGCUUUCAGUUCGAAAUUGAUAUAAAAUCAUUUAUUGAGCACUUAUUGAUUACUGUCUUCAAAUUACACUUUUUUUAAUCAACUUUUUUUCAAAUUCUUCAACUCAAUAAAACAGUAGCAGAAUUUUUUCCUAAAAACCCAUCUAUCUCAACCUUGUUUUUCCAGAUACGGUGAAAAUGGAGUGUGCCAAAAACUUCCCAUCGAAGGCGUCUGCGAUCUCGAUUUCGAAACACACAUUCGACGCUUCCACACAACCACAAAUUCAUCAGUGUUUCGAGAUGAAGAAGAGGAAUGUAUGAGCCUGCGAAGUAUUCGAUUGACUAGUGAAACACCCACUGAAAUGAGCGAAAAUCGAAGGAAAUUCAGUUUGACUAGGUAA